CGGCUUUCUCCCUCACUGAGAAAAAAAAAAAAACCAAACUAAACACAACCUGAGCCUUUAAAAGCCAGUGGAAAAACUGAGCAGAGCUUUCCGUUCAUUCCAAGCCGAGCGGAGGUAGCAGCGCCACUGCUGUCUGCCGGCUAGUCGGUGUCGUUAGCUUCCUGUCACUCGUUAGAAUGGCCGGCUCCCUGUUUGGCUGACAGACACUAGGCCUGCGCUGUCGCUGUUUAUCUCUCUGGGAGAGCUGAAAGGAAAAUUGAAGGCGGUAUGGCUUCAGAAAAAGAGCACACCUGAGAGUCCAAAUUGGCUGAAGGUCACGACCUGAAGUCCAAAUCCAGCUGUGUUGAAUGGGAAGAAUCCCAUCUGAAAUCGCUUUUCACAGGCUGUCGGUUGCAGAACAGAAGCACCUGUUGAACAUCACUGUCAAAGAAUGUUUCAGUGUGCUAGUACAUGAGAACCUGAAAGAGAAAAUAAGGCAGUCCUCUAAAAAGCCUUUUGUCCGUCGUGUUUGAAGUUAGGUAGUACACUCUGCUCAAGGUUUAAGGCUACAAGGCCUAAAUGUUUUCGGAGAGGGAACACUGUGUAGGCCUUGAGUGGAGCUGGAACGACGUGCAUCAGAAGCGUCCCCACUACUGCCAUCGAUUGGAAACUUACUGUCAAGCUGGAGCAGCCAAUGGAGACAUGGGUCAUACAUGCGUUAAUACCACGCAAGGCAUGCCAGGGACCGCAUGUUAACCGCGAGCGGUUCUGUGUCACGGAACUGUGAUUUCAGAAGCGUUCGGGUAAAUGGAGCAGUGACGGCAAUUACCCAGUGUGUGUGUUCCCCAGGCAACGGGCAAGGAUUACUCAGUCCAACCCCUGCGCCUUCAAGAGAUGCACUGUAUUUCCAUGGCAACCCAAAUGAAGAGGUGAAAUUUAGAACAUCUGGGUGACUUCAACUCAUGGAAGAACUGCGCACUUGUGCGUCACUGAAGAGCUUGGUCCUGACCAUCUGGCCUUAUUAAGCAUUAUAACCCACGAGAAGGGCAUUUGAGCAUAGAAGGGCUGAACAUGUUAUUCUCUAUGUGGCACCACUCAUCCAGGUCCAGCUAACUGCCUUUUCCUGGCAUCUCACACGCUUUGUCAAGUCUACAGACAAUGGGCGAUUUUGGUUCACCUUGGUUAUACUGACUCUGAUUCAUCUCCUCUGGGGAAGCCAUGACACCACCUGACAGUAACUGACUUUGAUGGCACAAGCAGAGAACAAACAACCAAAGCCUGUCUGUCAUGCAACAGUGUUCAAAGUGAGGGUUCUAAACGACCGUUCUGAAAUGACUGAAUCAAGACUGUAAUUGUACACACAUUCCCAAACUGCCACCGGUGCACAUCACCCAAAAAUACAUUUUCUGCACUGCUCCUUUCUUUCACGGCUGUAACAUUUCCCAAAGAUGCUGUGCUGUGCAUUAGUUAACAGCACUCUGGGAUGACAAACUACACCUGACUCAGCUUUUUGGGCUUAGUCAAUUUGCAUGGCAAAAAAAGAUUUAUUACAAAAGUAGAGGUUUAUCUUCCCCUGUAUAUUUGGGGAAACUUGAUGGAAAAUGUACCUUUUAUGAAUAACCCUAUAUUGCUGCUGUCUGCAGGAGUGGACGAGGAGUCUUCUGUUCUGAAACUUAAAGAACAAAGGCAGUAAAUGCUUCCUGUAAUACUGAAAAUGUUUAUGGCCUGAUUUACUGAAACCUUUAGCAUGUGCAAAACCUUUGUGCACACGCAAAACUAAUAACACUACCAAUGAUUGGUGCAGAACAAAUACCAUGUCCAAUCAGUGGCCAUGUUAUUGGUUUUGCGUUAGCUAAAAGGUUUUACGCAUGCAAAAGGUCUUAGUAAAUCAGGCCCUUAGUGUGCAAAACUGUACUGUGAAGUCUUAUGGACCCUACCAGCAUGCUGAGUAAUCAAACCAGCUGGAGCUCCGACUCCACAUAUAAGCUCCUCAAACAAGGCCAGCUAUGAGGUCAUCAGGAGCUGAGUGUCUACUUUUUAAAUCCCUUUGCUAAUAUAUUGUGUGUGCGCAUGCAAAUCAAAUAAAAAUAGAAAACCCAUCUGCUGGCAUGUAAACGUAGCCUACUUUGCACAUUUAAUCUAUCGCAAAAAAUUAUUCACAGUUAAAACAUACCGCUUAUUUCCCCAGUUAGAUUCUCACUUCAUGCAAGUCUAGAUUUUGACACAUUUGUUUGAUGCAGAGCAUUCUAAAAUGGCAGUGGACAGUUCCCAGAGGACAUUUCUAGAUAAUUCUGGAAAAGUCGAGCUGAGUUCCUGAAAAAGCGUAGGAUGCAGAAAAGGAUAAAACAGACAUUGUUUAUGAUGGCCGGGUCUGUCGUUUGCAAGAAUGAGGCUUACGACAGACAUAAGCAGACCAUCCAUUCAGGGCUCUGAAAGACUCCUAAAUGGGAUAUAAAGUUUAUACAUUGCUGUUCUCAAAUCCCUUUUCUGCUCUUCUAUGUCCUAUACUUCCACACCUACCAUUUGAUUCUUAAUCCUUUUACUGGAGGAAUUCUAGCUAAAUUCAACCCAACAACCCUCUGGGUAAGACUCAGGACCCUAAACCUCUACAGUGCUGUGCUGUUUAAACCUGCCUCGUACCGAUACCCAGCCCGAAGUUACACACGGCCCACAGGAUUAGCAGAGGUGAGCUCACACUGUGCCAGGAGAAGGGCAGGACAGUGGGCAGUGUUCCUCGAGUGAUUACUCUUGUGAUUCAGACCUGUAGACCUGUUCUUUCCCCCCCUGAAGCUGAUUGUAAUUUCGUUCCAAUCACUCAAGACCGGCCUCAAGACAUGGCUUCCUAAUUACGUGUAAUGGCGCAAAUUAAAUCGUUUGAAACUAAUCAAAUCAAACGACUGGUCCUGCCAGCACCGUUGGGAAGCACACGCGUAAAAGGAAAAGCGAUAUAUUGAUGCAUUUUCUUUAUUUUAUAUGAAGAUUUUUAUAUUCACACAAGUAACCCUGUUGUCAUGUUUUCUUGGGGUGGGAUGGGGGGGGGGGGCUCAUCUUGGCGGGUCUCUCCUGCUCCCCACGGAUGUCAGUGCCAGUCACACUCUAGUUCGCUCUGCGUGGUGUGAUUGUUGCCGCGGCGAUCGGCGUGCCCGUGGCUGUGAGCGAGGGCCUUUCCGGCACUGGCUAAGGAGGUGUGAAUUCCUCUCCUGUCAGCCCCGCAGAGCUCCUGUCACCGUCCUAGCAGCCCCACCGCGCCCGGCCAGGGAAGCCGGGCCUUCGCCUACGUCGCCCGCGGCCGGCUGGCGGCGCGUCGACCCCGCCAGCCCGAGCCCACUCUGCAGGGGUCCUGGUCUCGCGGUCAAAAGGUCCUGGGUAGGCCGGGCUUCUCCGUACCCAAAGGGAUAUCGCGCAGAGCUUGUUGGGGGGGGGGGUAUUGAGCACCGUGACAACCGGUUCCAACGAAGCAAAACCGGCAGCGGAACACGCUUACGGGCCAGCGAGUCGCAGGCGAAGACCAGGUACACACAAAGCCUGCCAGAUGCGCACUGUUGCCAUGGAAACCGCGACCGUCUAGAAAAUGGAGCGCUGGAAAAAGGAGGGAGGACUUUUGCGUUCGGCGUGAAAGCGCAGAGCCGCGCUCUGAGGAAUUCCGCACAGGGGGAGAGCGAGAAUUACCCUUCGGGCUCCCUUGAAAGUUGCCUUGAAAAAGGAACGAAAAGCAUGUCUGUCGUUGCUUGUUUGAGUCAACGCAAACUGCUCUACAGGAGACUAACAGUUAGCAGGAGACUUUGUUCUCAGAAUGUUAGGUUAGAUCAGUCACCCGCUAUCCAAAGACUGAAAUGGAAGCAGCUCUCUCUUCCCACAGCAGGAAGGAAAUGUUUAUAUGAUGUGACGGCCGCAAAGGACGAUAGAGAUCAGCAUGACUGGUACGUCGGAAAAACACAAGCAGUUACACUCCUCUUAAGCUCACUUUUCAUUUAAACAUAAGCAGUUACACUGCUCUCUUUAAACUCACUUUU